AUGGAAGACCCAAGCAAUGUAACAGAAUUCGUUUUCUUGGGAAUCCUGCAAGGUUGGAAGAUGCAGCGAGUGGCCUUUGGUUUCUUCUUAAUGCUUUAUAUCCUGACAAUAGUGGGGAACCUGCUCAUUGUGGUCACUGUAAAUUUCAGUGGCUGCCUCAUCUCCCCUAUGUACUUCUUUCUCAGCUAUCUCUCCUUUGUAGAUGUCUGUUACUCCUCCACCACCACCCCAAAGAUGAUGACUGACUUGUUCAUAGAAAGGAAAACCAUCUCAUUCUAUGGCUGCAUGACUCAGCUCUUUGCUGUGCAUUUCUUUGGCUGCACAGAGAUCUUCCUGCUCACCGUCAUGGCCUAUGACCGUUAUGUGGCCAUCUGUCGCCCCUUGCACUAUACAGUCCUCAUGAGCCGCAGCAAGUGCCAGACCUUGGUGUUAGUACUUUGGGUUGGAGCAUUUCUGCAUUCCAUCAUUCAGACUGUCCUUACCAUCAGACUGCCCUUCUGUGGGCCCAAUGUGAUCGACCACUAUUUCUGCGAUGUCCAUCCCCUGCUGAAGCUUGCCUGCUCUGACACCUAUGCAGUAGGGCUCAUGGUGGUAGCUAACAGUGGCAUGAUCUCAUUGAUUGCCUUCUUCUGCCUGGUCAUCUCCUAUUCUGUUAUCUUGUUCACUCUGAGAAAUCAGUCAGCUGAGGGCAGGCGCAAGGCCCUCUCAACCUGCGGCUCUCAUGUUGUAGCUGUAUUGCUGUUCUUCGUCCCCUGCAUCUAUAUGUAUAUUCGCCCAACUACCACUUUUAAAGCAGAUAAACUGGUCACUUUGUUUAAUACAGUCAUGCCUCCCAUGCUAAAUCCCCUCAUCUAUACCCUUAGGAAUGCUGAAGUAAAAAAAGCUAUGAGGAAGCUAUGGAGGCAAAAAAUGACUUUAAGAGAAAAGUGA